CCCAGAGCUGCUUAAGGCAUUUCAUUCAGAUUUAUACUCCUCACUCACACACACACAUACACGCACACACAUACACACAUAGACACACUCAGCUAUUACUCCCCCUCCUCUUCUCCCUUGUAAUAUGGGGAUCCCUCUCCAUCCCUCAGACAGGAGAUUGUCUUAGCAGUUGUUUAAAUGCUCGCUGCCUGCGCUGGGAGAGAAAGCAGCAAAGAAGACAAGAUUUUCAUCCCCUGCACAGCUGUGCUUGCCGAGAUAAGCAAAGUCACUGGAAGACGGACCUUAAAGGAGAGAAGGACCGUGCUGAAUUGAACAGAGGAAAAGCCCUCCUGCUCUCCCCUCGCUGUGAUUUUCCUCUGUAAUCAGUCUCUCUCUUUUUUUUUUUCUUUCGCUCCCUCGGCUCUUUUCCUAUAUUCCUCGUGUCUGUCUCUUUCGGGAAAAGCAGAGAGGAAGACACGAGAAGUGAGGAGCCGGAGCGAGACACUAUCUUGCCAACCUCUUCCCACCGUCGAGGUAAAAGUGCUUUUGGGACGGUGUGCGAUUGGGCACGUGCGGAGAGGGGGGAAACGGGGCGAGAAGGGGGUUGUGCCCGGUUUCCGAUAACCCCUCCGUAGCCCUGUCUCCCUAAAAAACUUGCUUGCCAAUGCCCAUCGAGAUAGUCUGCAAGAUCAAGUUUGCAGACGAGGAUGGGAACCAGAAGGAGAAAGAGGAAGGGGAGAGGGAAAGCCUGAUCGGGGAUGAGGCUGCAACGGCGAACCGGGACUUGGCAGGUUUCGCCAGGACCAGCACCCUGCACGGACUGCGGCAUAUCAUCAGGACGGGUAGACUGGGCGUCAAGCAGAGCCUCUGGGCAGUGGUGUUUUUGGCAUCCCUGGUGUUUUUCCUGUACCAGGCAGCGAAGUGUGCCUUGUAUUACCUCGAACACCCCCACGUCACCGCCGUGGAUGAGGAAGUGAUGGGCGAGAUGAUCUUCCCGGCCGUCACCAUCUGUAACAUCAACCGGUUCAGGCACUCGGCGCUCUCGGACUCCGACAUUUACCACUUGGCUAACUUGACGGGACUCCCCCCGAAGGACCGAGACGGGCACCGAGCCUCGGAUUUAAUGUACCCCGACCCGGACAUGCUGGACAUAGUCAACCGGACCGGUCACCAACUGGCGGAGAUGCUUAAAAGCUGCAACUUCAGCGGGAACAACUGCACUGCACAUAACUUCUCGGUGGUGUAUACCAGAUACGGGAAAUGCUACACCUUCAACGCCAACAAAAACAACCCCAAAGUGACCCGGCAGGGUGGCAUGGGAAAUGGACUGGAGAUAAUGCUUGACAUUCAACAGGAGGAAUACCUGCCUAUCUGGAGAGAGACCAAUGAAACAUCAUUCGAGGCUGGGAUCAGGGUGCAGAUACACAGCCAGGACGAGCCACCAUACAUUCACCAGCUCGGGUUUGGUGUUUCCCCUGGAUUCCAGACCUUUGUCUCGUGUCAGGAGCAGAGGCUGACAUACCUGCCCCAGCCUUGGGGUAACUGCAGAGCCAGCAUUCCAGGAGAAGAAUUCCUGACCGGUUACAGCACCUACAGCAUUUCCGCCUGUCGGCUACAGUGUGAGAAGGAAUCGGUGGUGAGGAAGUGCAACUGCCGUAUGGUGCAUAUGCCAGGAAAUGAAAAAAUCUGUUCUCCCAAGGACUACAAUGAGUGUGCUGACAACACACUAGAUAUCACAGUGGAAGAUACCAGUGAUAGAUGUACCUGCCCCACACCCUGUAACCUGACCCGAUACAACAAAGAGAUUUCCAUGGUUCGAAUCCCGAAUAAAGGAUCCGCUCGCUACCUGGCCAAAAAAUACAACAGGAAUGAGACGUAUAUCCGAGACAACUUCCUAGUCCUGGAUAUCUUCUUUGAAGCUCUGAACUAUGGAACGAUCGAGCAGAAGAAAGCGUACGACCUGGCCAGUCUGCUCGGAGACAUCGGGGGACAGAUGGGUCUGUUUAUCGGGGCCAGUAUCCUCACCAUUCUGGAGAUAUUGGAUUACCUGUAUGAGCUAAUACGAGACAAAGUGAACCGAGCAGUUAAACGGAAACCAUCCCCCAUUAGGAAACCCGCAGAGAACAUUUCGACACUUGUCAUGGAUGACCUGAAUGACCAGAGCUCCAGUGAGGUCCGCGGACGACAUCCAGAAGGAGCCUAUGCCACUACAAUGCUUCCAAACCAUCAUCGACAUUACACACAUCAUGGGGUGUUUGAAGACUUUGCUUGCUAGAGGCAAAAUGGUGUGGUUAGACCAUGACAUAACCAAAUCCUUUCCUUGAUGGAGGGAAACACACUGUUUAUGAAUGGAAUCCUGCCUCUCAGUGACUUCUUAGGCCACCAACAUUUGGAUGGACUACAUUUUUUUUAUAAGGACACACCUGCAAGAAGACCUUUAGGAAGUCUAUGGAGCGGGUGAUCUCUAGUACCGGCAGAUGUAUGAAAACCUUAAAUUCCCUUUUUCCUUCUCAAGUCAAGUGGGAGUCCACAUCUGCGAUUGCGAUAU